AUGGCAUCGCCAGCCCCCGGCUGCAGGCUGUUCCCACAUCCCGGCCUCCCGCAUCCUGCUCGCAAACAUCCCCCGGCAGUUCAAACAAGGGCGGUGUACGCUGAUGAGCACCAUGCUAUAAAGGGCAGCCUCUCCUCUCCUGUCCCGGUGAACUGCGACGAGCCGCUAUUCCCCACCAUCUCCGGACCACAGGGAGCAAGGAGCAUGGUGGCCACGGCCAGACUUGCCCUCCUGCUGCUGGGCUGCAUGGGGCUCCUGCGGCCGAUCGAUGGCAGGUACAUAAACUACUGCCCCGACGGCUGGUACUACUACAAGCUCAGCUGCUUCAAGUACUUCCCCGAGCCCCGGAGCUGGGACGAGGCUGAGAGUCGGUGCGAGGAGGUCCAGAAAGGUGCUCACCUGGCCUGGGUGGAGAACGCCCACGAGGCAGUCACCCUGCGGAGAGUCAUCUCCUACUACCAGCGUGUGCAGCCUGUCUGGAUUGGACUCCAGAAGAACAGAAAGAGCCAGGCCUGGCAGUGGACGAGCGGGAAGGAGUACGGCGUGGACACUGAGAUGCCGGGGAACGGUGCCCGAGGGGGGAGCUGUGCGGCGCUGACCCAUCACAGCAGCUUCUCAGUGUGGUCCAGUGCCGACUGCUCCCGGAAGCAUCACUACAUCUGCAAGUUCUACCCCUUGCACUGA